UUUCAUGCGCGUGAACAUUCUCGAUAAAUGGCAUAGGUAAAUGCUAGUUUUAGUUUAUACUUUAUUUAGUCAGUUUAAAACGGAAAAGGUUGAAUUGGAAUAGCAGAUUGAAUUGAUUGUUUAUUGUUUUCAUCAGAAAUUGUUUUUUCUCGACACUUGCUCUCUGUCUAAUUUUUUUCAUAUUGAGUUGUGGAGAAUUUUCUUUCAUUCAAAAUGGAUUUUAGAAAAUUGUGUUGUGACAUAUCAGCGCGAAUGCUCAGUCUGGUUUUACUCUAUUAUUACCUGAUUGGUUCUGCGUGGGACGCGUUGAUGGUUUUGCCCGGCGUAGGCGGUCCUAAGGUCAUUAAGUUUUUAAGCGAAAAUUAUCUUCUUUACCCGUAUCUGCUUCUAUCGAUAAUAGGAGGAUUGAUUUUCUUGGCAACCAUUGUAUCCAUUACUAAAAAAACACCCUCUAAUUCUUUGUUGAUCGCGACCAUGUCAGUUUUAAUCCUGAGAGUGAUCUAUGCCGUUUAUCUGAUGAUGCUAUAUUUGAAUGAUUCUUCUGAGGAUUAUGUUCACGGGGAGGUGGCGAAGAAAGCGCAGAAACUCUCUUUGGUGUGUAACAUCGCCUUUACUCUGUAUGCAGUCUAUGUUUUCUACAGCUACAGGGCUGAGAUUAAAAAAAAUAUUGCGAAUGAUGUGCCACUUAAUGGAGAAAGCAAUCCUGAAGAAGGUUACAGUCGUGUAGUUCCACCUUAUGCUUCGAAGUAGGUAUGACACCCAACGUCCACAGUACUCCGUCAAUGUCUAACUUAAAAAAUGAUCUUCCACUUUUUACAAUAAAGUGACGAAUCGAUUUAUACAUGUUUGGAAGCGUUUAAUUUUGUAAAAUUAUACCUAAUUGUAAGUUGAUUAUUUACUCGUUUUUUUUUUUUUUAGUUUUUUAAAACAUUUUUAUAAAAAGAAAUACAUUAAGUAUUUUCAUUAAUGAUCUUCCACUUUUUAUCACCUAAUUGUAAGUUGAUUAUUUGCUCGCUUUUUUUAUUUUUAAAUUCAUCUUUAUGAAAAAAAAUACAUAAUUAUAUUUUCUCGAAUCAUA